AUGCCAACCUCUCCAAAACAGCGCAAGAUGGCCGUCGUUGGCAGCCGCUCUGUUGGCAAAUCCUCGCUCACGGUGCAGUUCGUUGAUGGACACUUCGUGGAUAGCUACUAUCCCACUAUCGAAAACACAUUCAGCAAGGUCAUCAAGUACCGCAGUCAAGACUUUGCGACGGAGAUCGUCGACACCGCUGGUCAAGAUGAGUACAGCAUACUCAAUUCGAAACACUUCAUAGGCAUUCAUGGCUACAUGCUGGUCUACUCUGUCGCUUCAAGGCAAUCAUUUGAGAUGAUCCGAAUACUAAGGGACAAAAUACUCAAUCACCUGGGUGCAGAUUGGGUUCCAUUGGUCAUCGUAGGAAACAAGAGCGACCUGAAAGCCGACCAACGCCAUGUCCAAGCGGAGGAAGGCAAAAAAUUAGCAGAAGAGUUCAGCUGCAGCUUCACGGAAGCUAGCGCACGGUUAAACACCAACGUGGGGAAAGCAUUCGAGCAAAUGGUUGCCGAGAUGGAGAAGUCACAGAAUCCGGGCGAGCCAACCGGGGGAAGCAAGUGCAGCGUUAUGUAG